GUUUAUGUUAUAGGUACUGGGUUUAAAAGUUGGCUAGGUCAAAUCCCAAGGUAAAAAGGAAAUAACAACCCAUACUUGGCAAUAUUGUAGAAUUAAUAGUCUACAGCUUAUUUGCUUAUAUGUGUACACAUUAUCACCCAUAAUGUACAAGUUUCGAGCUUCAGACAUCUCAAUGUCACCUAAGUCCGCCAUUCUGUAAUGACGGGACUGCACGGAUACCCGCUACUUAAAUGUUAUCACUCGAGAGGGGGAGCACAUUUGAGAGUCAACUGGAACAGGAAUAACAGCUUCAAGCACUGAAGUCACUUUGACUGCCGCAACAGCACCUGCUACACGUCAGAAGAUGGCAGAGGACAUUCAAACCAAACUGGAGAAAUACCGCACUGCACCCUUUGAUGCCAGAUUCCCAAACCAAAACCAAACAAAGAACUGCUGGCAGAACUAUCUUGAUUACCAUCGCUGCCAGAAUGCCCUGACUGCCAAGGGUGUUGAUGUUACCCCAUGUGACUGGUACAAGAGGGUCUACAAAUCACUGUGUCCCAUUUCUUGGAUUGCAAAGUGGGACGACCAGAGGGAUGAAGGAACAUUCCCUGGAAAGAUCUGAAAGGUGUGAAAAAGAAGUGGCGCUUUAAACAGAAAACCUGAACUGGUGGAGGGCUACUCUCCAGGCUGGUCCUCCACUACUUCCUUUAUGGCUGCUCCUCUGGAGAAUAAGCUGCCAUAACUGAACAGUCAUUCCUUAAGUUAAGAACUGCAUUGCAUUUGUGCAUUAAAGUCUCAGGCAAUAAACCCAGAUUAAGUAUGUGC